CGGGCAAGGGAGCCAGGCGUGCCGGCCCUGCGAGCUCCCGGAGCUGCAGCCAGCGGCAUCGGGAGAAGGAGGGGGCGCCCACGGGGAGCCCGGGGGACAGAGAUGAGGGUCAGGAAGAAGGAGGAGCGCUCCGGCAGCUACGGAGAACCAAGGACAUAUGACCCCGAGUUCCGAGGACCUCUUUAUAAAAGGAGCUGUACAGAUGUGGUGUGUUGUUUCAUUUUCAUCGUGGUCAUCCUUAGCUACGUUAUCUUAGGACUUGUGGCCUGGGCACAUGGAGAUGCCAAGAAAGUGGCCUACGCUACCGACAGCUACGGGCAGUUUUGUGGCCAGAAGAACACCCGAAAUGAGAAGAAGACGUUGUUGUUUUAUUUUAACACUCUGCAGUGUGCCAACCCCAUAGUGCUAACAAGGCUACAGUGCCCGACCAGGCAGUUCUGUGUCUCCAAGUGCCCAGACAGGUUUCUAACCUUCAUAGACAUGCAAAAAAAACAUCGCGCUGACAAGAGCCAGUGGCAAUACUACCAGCAGUACUGUCGGCCUGAUUUUAAUGACCCCUUAAAGCCUGCAUCAGAAGUUUUUCGGGAUGAAGAUUGCCCAUCAAUGAUUUUUCCCAGCAGAUCUUUGCUCAAGAGAUGUUUCCCUGACUUUAAUACUAUCAAUGGCAUUUUGGCACUACAAAACAAGACAACAUUCUUUGAUGGAAUCGGAAAUAUAAGAAAUGUUACCGAUCUUCGGAAAGGUGUCAAUGGUAUCAAUCUGGUCCUUACUACGAGAACAAUCGGCCUGAAAGUGUUUGAAGAUUUUGUAAGUUCUUGGCAUUGGAUUCUCACUGGUCUAGUCCUCGCCAUGAUCAGCAGCUUUCUCUUCCUGUUUUUCCUGAAAUACACUGCCGGCAUCAUCUUGUGGUUCUUUGUGUUUGGUUUGAUCUUCGUUGUAGCAAUUGGAAUAUGGGACUGUUACCACGAGUUUGAACGUCUUCACUCAAAACCUGGAACCCAAGUCUCUAUCUAUGACAUUGGCUUUCAGUCCGAUUUCAGAGUCUACUUGCAAUUGAAGCAAACCUGGUUAGCCUUUAUGAUCCUACUCUGCAUCCUGGAAGUGCUCAUUCUCCUCAUGCUUUGCUUCCUGAGAAAGAGAAUCCAAGUUGCUGUUACAUUGCUGAAGGAGGGGAGCAGGGCCAUUGGAUUUAUCCCACACUCCUUAUUUUACCCCCUAGUCACAUUCUUUCUUGUUUCAAUCUGUAUUUCCUACUGGAUCGUGACUGCAGUUUUCUUGGCUACAUCAGGGGAAGCUGUAUAUAAAGUCCUGACUGUUAAAACUAACUGCAAACAUGCAAAUGAGACCUGUGACCCGAAGACUUUCCAGUCUACCAACGUAAGCAAGGAAUGUCCCGGUGCUCACUGUAGCUUUGCUUUCUAUGGGGGGAAAUCGUUUUUCUACCAGUAUGUCGUGAUUUUCCAACUCUUCAAUGGAUUUGUCUUCCUCUGGCUGGUGAAUUUCUCCAUUGCCCUGGGUCAGUGCACCCUUGCGGGUGCCUUCGCUUCUUAUUACUGGGCCUUCCGGAAACCUCAGGACAUUCCCUUACAUCCAAUCUGUACUUCAUUUGGACGUGCCCUCCGAUAUCACACAGGCUCCCUGGCAUUUGGUUCGUUAAUUCUUUCAAUUGUCCAAACUCUUAGAGUUAUACUGGAGUACUUAGACCACAGACUUAAAGAUAAUGAAAGUCCAUAUGCUAAGUUCAUUCUAUGCUGCCUCCAGUGCUGUUUCUGGUGUUUGGAAAAAGUCCUCAAGUUUAUAAACAGAAAUGCCUACAUAAUGAUCGCGAUCUAUGGAGAAAACUUCUGCACCGCAGCUCGGGAUGCCUUCAUGCUUGUGAUGAGAAAUGUGGUGAGAGUUGCUGUGUUGGACAAAGUGACAGAAUUCAUGUUAUGGAUGGGGAAGCUGCUUAUUUCUAUUGGCAUAGGUGUCCUAGGCUUUUUCUUCUUCACGAAAAAACUCCCACUUCAAGCACCAACCCUGAAUUAUUACUGGGUGCCUCUGCUGUUGAUAGUCUUCGGAUCUUACCUCAUUGCUCAUGGGUUCUUCAGUGUCUUCGCAAUGUGUGUUGAUACCCUUUUCCUCUGCUUCUGUGAGGAUCUGGAGAGAAAUGACGGAAGCUUAGAAAGACCUUACUACAUGUCCCCUAAGCUGCUCCAGAUUCUGGGCAAGAAGCAAGCCAAGGUAAAGGAGGCCUAAGAGCUCACUCACAGGGCUACCCACUCCCAAGGAGACCUGGAGCCAGUGCACCAGCCCAGACUGAGAAAUGAUGCUUUGGAACAACAGGCAGAGUGCCUGGCUCUUCUGCCGAGGAGACAGGAACCUGGCGACAGCAGCCACUAUAGAAAGAAGUGGCUUCCUUUGAGGCUGCUGCCCAUCCUGGGGACCAAGGGGUAAAC